AUGAGUGCUGCUCUUUUACGUGAAGAACCAACAUUAUUAAAUAUUGAUGCACCAUUAACUAUCUGUGGUGAUAUUCAUGGACAAUUUUAUGAUUUAGUUAAAUUAAUUGAAGUUGGUGGUGCUCCAUCUCAUACUCGUUAUUUAUUUCUUGGUGAUUAUGUUGAUCGAGGCUAUUUUGGAAUUGAAUGUGUAUUUUAUUUAUGCUUCAAACAGGAAUGUCUUGUCAAAUAUACAGAAAAUAUUUAUGAUAUUUGUAUGGAAGCAUUUGAGUGUCUUCCAUUAACUGCUGUUGUGAACAAUCAGUUUUUAUGUGUACAUGGUGGACUUUCACCAGAAAUUCAUACUUUAAAUGAUAUUAAACAGUUGGAUCGAUUUCAUGAACCACCAGCUCAAAAUGCAAUGUGUAAUCUACUAUGGUCUGAUCCAGCUGAAGAUUAUGGAAAUGAAGAAGGAUCAUUAAGAUUAGUCGCAACUCCUCGUAUGAGUGCAUCAGAAACAUCAUCAAUAACUACUUCAUCAGGAUCAUUAUAUCUUACUAAUGCAGCACGUGGUUGUUCUUAUUUUUAUACAUAUGCUGCUAUUAAUGAAUUUUUAGUAUGUAAUCAGAUACGUUCAGUAAUACGUGCUCAUGAAGCACAAGAUAUGGGUUAUCGUAUGUAUAAAAAAUCACCUGAAACUGGUUUUUCAUCAUUAAUAACAAUAUUUUCAGCACCUAAUUAUUGUGAUGUUCAUCAAGAUAAAGCAGCUAUUAUGAAAUAUGAAAAUAAUAUUGUUAAUAUUCAUCAAUUUAAUUUUUCACCACACCCAUAUUGGUUACCAAAUUUUAUGAAUAUAUUUACAUGGUCAUUACCAUUUAUUUGUGAAAGAAUUAAUGAUGCACUUUUACAAAUUCUUAGUAUACGUACAGAAGAAGAAUUAAUUACAUAUGACGAACAUACUCAACUAGAACAACGUAGAGAACAAAUGCGUUCAAAAAUAUGUGCUGUUGGUAAAGUUGCUAAAACUUAUAAAAAAUUAUGUCAAUUAAAUGAAAAUGUUGUUACAUUACAUGGUUUAACACAAUCAAGUAAUAUUACAGAAUUAGAUAAAGAAAUAACAAAUAAAACUGAAGUUGUAGCUUCACUUCUUCGUGAAAAAGCAGCAUCAACAAAUGAACAUUUUUCAAAAGUUAAAAUACACGAUCAAGUUAAUGAACGUAUGCCACCAGCUAGAACAGCAAUUUCAUCAGGUGAUGCAACUGUUGCUUAG